UGUCUCUGUAGCGUUUUUCUUAGUUUACCAUAACUGUGAGUUGUACAGCAUGAUAAACAAAAGUGCGAUGGAAACUGAGUCGUCUGUAAAGUAUGUUUGUUGACGUACUGCGUACCUGUGGAUACGUGUAAAGAAGUUCGUCAUGUUUUUCACAGUUUUCAUAAGCUAAAAGCGGCAUCAACAUGUAUAGGAAAACGUGUAGUGUUGCAACGUUUAUGAACAAUGGAAGACAAUCUGAACGAAGACACCUGUAAACACACCAUAAAACCAAGAUACAUCCCUCCACAGAAUAUUGUCCACCGAUUAAGGAAGAGAGAAACAUUUGGAGCCGUUCAUCCGGGUACACAUUUCCACGUUGCUAGGGAAUUUCAUCAAAACGUUUUCCCAAAUUUCACAAUAAUAAAUGUCGAGAAACCACCUUGUUUUCUCCGAAAAUUCAGUCCAGAUGGCCAGUACUUCAUUGCAUUUUCAUCCGAUCAGACAUCGCUGGAAAUCUAUGAAUAUCAGGGAUGUUCAGCAGCUGCCGACCUCGUUCAGAACUGUAAGGGCGAAUAUAUUGGACACACCAGCGACCGAGAGAGUGAGUACAUACGAAGUUCAGUCUUCAGUCGUUUCUUUAAGAUCAAAUAUACCGUCAAUGUUGCGCAGAGUGGAGAGCAACUUAAUAGAGAGUGCAGCUUGUUUACCGACGAUGGUCGGUAUGUUAUUGUUGGUUCGGCAGCUUUUAUUCCAGACGAUUUGCGCCCUCAUUUUUAUGAAAUUUAUACUAAUAACGAAUCGGUGACACCAAACCCUCGCUCACCAUUGGAGGAUUACUCUCUUCAUCUAGUUGACAUUCAAGCUGGCCGUCUUUGUGAUACCAAAAUGUUUAAAGUUGAUAAAAUAUUCUUAUCUCACAAUCAGGGUUUGUACUUAUACAAAGAUACAUUAGCUGUACUCUCAGUACAGCAUCAGACAAUACAUAUUUUUCAGUUGUGUGACGGCAUGUUUAUAAGUGUGCGAACUAUUGGUCGUUUCUGUUAUGAGGAUGAUGACUUCAUUCUGUCACCAGUAUCGAACCCAGGACAGAAUUCUAUUAAUUACCGAGCCUUUAGAGAAAAAAGUAUAAACUGUAUGAAACACAGACUGUUGGUUUUCUUGUUCAAGAGAGCGAAGCAUAUUUCGGAUACAACCAAUGACCCGUAUGAACUACGGAAAUUUUAUCAGUACUUCGAUCAGUUUAGGGCACUCCGAAUGUGGAGGAUGCAGCUUCUGGAUGAGAAUCAUCUGCUUGUCAAGUAUGCAAGUGAAGAUAUUGUUACAUUAAAAGCAACAGAGGCCAAUGCUCAGUCAUCCUUUUUUGUGGUGUACAAUAUCGUUACUACUGAAGUUAUAGCUGUGUAUGAGAAUACAUCUGAAGAACUCCUUGAGCUGUUUGAAAACUUUUGUGAUUUAUUUCGAAAUGUAAAGUUACAUUCGGAGUCACAAUUUACUUGCUCUCCAUCCAACAACAUAUAUGCAAGGGUGAUCCAGCAGCGUUGUAAGCAAACAUUUGUGAGUGCACGGUUUGGUGGUGUAACAGAGGCAACCAAACGAAUGUUAACACAACUACCAAUCAGCGCUCAGUCGUACAGCUGCUCUCCAUAUCUAGAUCUGUCACUCUUUAGUUAUGAUGAUAAAUGGGUCUCUGUUAUGGAGCGACCAAAAGCUUGUGGUGAACAUCCCAUCAGAUUUUAUGGACGUGACUCUGGUUUGCUCAAGUUCAGAAUUUAUGCCGGGGUACUUGGACGAAGUCCUCCUCCUGCAGCAAGGCGGCUCGUGGCAUUCACUUUCCAUCCGAGAGACCCAUUUGCCAUCAGUGUUCAGAGAACCAAUGCAGAGUAUGUUGUUAAUUUUCAUAUAAGGCAUGUAUGACAACGAAGAAAAAUGAUACCACUCAACUAAAGGCACAGGCAGAUUUGCACACCCUGUCAUAGCUUCAUAAUGUGAAAUUACAUGCUGGAAUGGAUGACAGAGUCCUUGUGAAACAAGAUUAAAACUUUUACUGUUAUUUCAUUUCUCACCUAAACUAAAUAGUCUCAAAUUAAAUUUCAGUGUGGAACAUAAGAUUUGGUUUUCAAUAGUGUAUUUCAGGAAAUCUUAUGAGUAUGAAAUACUAGUGUAGUAUUUCAGUUUUAAUUCUUGUGUAUCAAAAUACAUCAGAACAACAUUGUUUCCACUUUACCAGUGAUAAGUUAUUUUGAGUCUGUUGUGUUAUAUUUAGUCUGUAGUUUCAAUCUCCUAUGUUCUGCCUGUUUUUGUAGAAUAUGUUGAGACAACAUGAUGUGCAUUACAAGAACUGUAAGAUGUGGCAGCAUAUUUAAGUUCCUUUGAAAGGGAGUCGAAAAGGAGGAGAUCUCCAAAUGGAUAUGUUAAAGAUAGAAUAAAUAUAUAAAAGAACAAAUGCUUGAAUACUUUGUACUGUCACUUCUGUUUACGUGUUUUUAUAAUUUUGGAAAUAGCAAAACAGGAUUCAGUUUCCACUAUGAGCAGUAAAACGUAAUUCAAGCACCAGAAUAUGAUCAUAGUGUGAUAGUUUCAUGAUAAAGUCAGAUAUUCAGUGAUAUGUGCCAUUUGCAGUUUGUAAGUAGCCUUCUAAUACUUUUUGCAGCACUAAUUACAAUGCAAAAGGCUUUUUCUUAAAUAUAAAUUACAAUUUCUCAUUUAAAGUAUUGUGUUCAAUAUGAUAUUAGAAGGUGUGCAAACAGAUAAUCUCAUUGUUAGUGAAUGUGUACCUUAUUUACAAGUGCUGGCACUUGGAUAAACAUCCUAAAACCUAUUGUUAUUUAGCUGUUGGCAUUCCUACAGGCCUGCUUGCCAGUUUUUCAUUAUUUUUUAGCAUGAGUCAAGUAAGCUGCAUCCUAUACUACUCAGCGUUUUCCCAUUUACAGCAGUUUCCUGUGACAUAAGAAGUUAUGUACAUACUCAUAGCUUCAGUAACACAGAUGAUGAGAGGCUUGAUUUUAAAGUGGUUAAUUUAUGUUGGGACAGUCAAAUACAUGUAACUGAAUUUUGUAAUAAGUUCCAGUGCUUGUAACAAUUUUAUAUUAUGUCAAAGCAGGAUUGAUUUUACAUUAUUUUUGUUCAAAAACUUUUUGACGAUAUCUAGCAUUAUCUGUGACUUUUUGUCUCAAUGACAAUUAAAUAUUUACUGGUAUCUUUAGACAUCCAUAGAGGGGAGAAAUAACUGUCAUUAACAUAUAUGGGUGUCAUUUUCCAAACAGAAUAAUGUGGACAGAGAACGCUGUAGAGAUAUCUUUGCUAGCUCUCUGCCAUGCUCACUAACCUUUAAGUAUCUGAAUUCCUCGACACCCACUAUUCAGACAUUGUUAUCUCUUGUCUAGGCAGAUCAGUCACUAACCAACAAACUAUUGUUAAGGGACAUAAUUUUUUCAAAAGCUGUCUAACAUAAUUCCAGGAAGAAUAUUGAGAUUACAGUAACUUAAUGAUUUUUGUUCACAGCUUUGUUGGCCCAGGUACAUUGAAACCAUCAAAAUAUCAUCCCUUAUUUGACACAAACACAGCUAUAAGUGUAUUUCUUUUUUUGCUAGCAGUUCGACACAGCAACAUUUCCUUGAGUUUUUAUUGUUACUUUGUUGACCACAAUAAGUGAUAAAGGCAAAAUACUGUGUGUGUGUGUGUGUGUGUGUGUGUGUGUGUGUGUGUGUGUGUGUGUGUGUGUGUGUGUGUGUGUGUGUGCGCGUGUGUGUGUGUGCGCGCGUGUGUGUGCGCGCGCGCGCGUGUGCGUGCGUGUGAGUAAAUGCUCAUGCAGGUGCAGCAUAUGCGUGUGGAUUUGUGGAAUAUUAGAGACGCGAUCUUCACCUCACACUUUUUAGGGAAGAUCGGUGUGCAGAAAAUACUGUGAUUGCAGUCCUAACUCAUUCCCCAGAAUAUGUUUUUCAACACUGAACCAUUUCAGCACUGUUUUAUGCAGUGCUAGGGCUCAAGGUUCAUAGAGAUUCAGCCUGUAUAAUAAGUGUCAAUGAGUUGAUUGACAUUGUAUAUGGUUCUUAGGUGUUAACAUGAAAUACAAAGCCUUCACUUACCACAUACAUGACACAGAGUGUCAUAGUUGUUAGGUAAAGAGCUAUGUUUCCUGUAUUUUGUAAACUAUGUUGGCUAAGACUUUUCCUAAUACUCUAUAUUGUAUUAAAUGUAUUCUGCCAUGUAAAUAUUUGUUCAUCGUAUCUGUUGUUAUGUACUUAAUGUUUCAUAACUGACGAAUUUGUCAUCUUCUUUGAUCAUUUUUAAUUUUGAAAUUGAAGUGUAAAAUACUGGCUUUGUGUACAUAAAACUUUUAUGAAAUGUAACUGAGGGUAACAAUAAUUCUGAAAGACUGUUUUAUACAUAAAUUUUCAUGAGCAGAAUGGUACUGACAAUAUGUAAAUUUGUAUUCUGCAGAGUAAUAGUUUUUGCUUUGGAAAUGUUUUCAUGCAGUGUUCAUCUGUGGCAAUAAAUAUUAUUCUCGUCUUUUCUGUAGGCUCUACACAGGGUUAUAUACCACUCUUGGAAUGUGUUCACUUCAGUGAAGCUGUAAAAUUUGUGAUAUUUUUGUAACUAGCUGUUAUUUUGUGAUGACAUUUUUAUUGUUGUUGGAUUUGAUUAGACAUUUUGCUAUACCAUUGUACACUUCAGUGCAGAAAUCACUUACAUAUAAAUAUUUUAGAGUAACAUUUUCUUAAUUAUAUUUCUCAUUUUUAGACCUGUAAAUAAGUAAUUUUUGAAUUAUUUAGAAAUUUCUAUCAUGGGCAAAUUUCAGAUGACGUGUGUUAUUUGUAAGAAGGUGUUACUAAAUUUGCUGAUGGAAUUUUGCAGCUAUUAAAUUAUAUUUUUGUGAGAAUGGGAACUGUUAAUUAUGUAAAUAUUGAUAAUUAUUUUCAAAAAUAUACUUUUCACUGAAAAUAA